AAUACUAUGCUUUUGUCGGAAUUCUCGUUAGUGACUUUCACGAUCUCUCUUAACAUUCUCUCUCUCUCGCCUAUAACUCGGAUCACCACAUGACUCUUUCAUCUCCUCCUCUUUCCCGUUAUCACAAACCAAAAAAUCCGUAAACUUUGUUCCCAUUCUCUUCUCUCCUCUUUGAUUAGAUCGAUACCCAUUGUAAAUAUUCUCUACGCUUUGAAGCGAGAUCCUGUCUUUGGUAUCUGGAGCUGUAUCUGGUUCCAGAGACAUGGACAACAACAACAACAAGAACAAUGAAGAGAACGGAAACACGUCCAAAACGGCGUCGGACGACGAGGGUGUUGGAUCCGUGGGGAGACAGAUGAGCGAGUCUUCUCUUUGCGUCACGGAGGAAGAAGAAGAAGACGAUUCCAAAUUACAUUUGGGUCCUCAGUACACUAUCAAGGAGCAUCUUGAGAAGGACAAAGAUGAUGAGAGUCUGAGGAAGUGGAAAGAACAGCUUCUUGGAAGUGUUGAUGUCACCAACAUUGGAGAGACACUUGACCCUGAAGUGAGGAUCAUUAGCCUGGUCAUCUUAUCCCCUGGAAGACCAGACAUUGUUCUUAUGGUACCUGAGAAUGGAAACCCAAAGGGGAUGUGGUUUACUUUGAAAGAAGGGAGCAGGUACUGUUUGAAAUUCACAUUUCAGGUUAACAACAACAUUGUCUCUGGUCUUAGGUACACCAAUACCGUUUGGAAGACCGGUGUUAAAGUGGACAGAGGAAAGGAAAUGCUUGGAACCUUUAGUCCUCAGCUGGAGCCAUACAACCACGUGAUGCCUGAAGAGACCACUCCUUCUGGAAUGUUUGCUCGAGGAUCUUAUUCUGCUAGAACUAAGUUUCUUGAUGAUGAUAACAAGUGCUACUUGGAGAUCAACUACAGCUUUGACAUCCGUAAAGAAUGGCCUGCUGUUUGAAAUGAAACUCAAGAACAAAUUCUCCUGAGUUGAAGUGUUGCCAGUAGAAGUUGUGUUUUGUUUCACUCCCCAUCUCCUUUUUUAUAUCUUUGAGCAUGUUAUUGUGAAUCGUUUUACCGAUUAUCGUAGAACAAGAACGACAGAUAGUUUCUUUCCUCUUUGAUCUUGAUUUUUAGUAAUGCCGUUGGAAAAUCAGUAUGUGUGUUUGUUCUCAAAUCUGUUUCUCUUUCCACUUCUUAACAUGUGUUUGGGUCCUGAGAUGUAUAAUGUGACUAAUUGUCUGGAGAGAUGAGUUUGAAUAUCUUCUUUUGAAGUCUAA